UGGAUAAUACCAACCCUGAAUACAUUGUAAGUCUCGGUUAGCAUUCCCUUGUUUUAAGCACUCCAAUUUAAGCGUUAUUCUUACCUUCUGCUUCAGGUUCAAGCCAUGGGCGAUGACCUGUGCGAGAUUCCAGAAGAGUCUCCAGUGUCUUCGAACUCGCUGAGUCCAACCAAACAGUGACAUCAGAGCUUGCUUUGAAGCAACAAAGGAAGCAUCAAGAGCGAGGAAUUCGAUGGGUUUAUGCACGCGUUGAAGGACCAGUUCACGAAAAGAUAUCAUUCAUCUACCAAAGUUGAGAAGUUAGUCUGUGAAAGGAAAGAAGAGAGUAUUACUAAAUCUAUUUGGAGGCCUUGCCAGUCUAAGAAAUCUGAACCUUUAAGAAACAUAAAGACACACACGGUAUCUAAUUAUACAAAAAGCAAUGUUAAAAGCCCACCCAUUCAAGAAUGAAGAAUGAAAGCCUUUUCACCUUUUAAAUUAGAGAUGAAGAAGAUGGUACAUGAAAAAUCUGAAUUAACUCCUAUCAUUGAACCCCUGAUCACGAUGAAUGAUAUUGAUCCAGAAGAUAAGCUAAAUUAAUUGUAACUUAAUUACUUCUAAAAUUUUAAGGAAAGUUAGCUAUCUGAAGCUCUUAACCAUUUAUAAUAAUCUCUCGUUUGAGAGAAAAUUUAUUAAGGAAUUAAUGAUAGAGAUACAAAGUAGAGUUAGGCAAUUUUCAUCGCUCCUCAAACCUUUACUAAAACUGUAGUUACUUGAUUAAUUACUCAGCAAUAUUUUAUGAAAAACUGAGCAAUUAUUUCAAAUUUGAUUAAAGAAUUAAAACAAAUUUAUGACAAGGCUGAGACUUAAACAAUGCUUGUUAAUCAUCAUUAAAAGUCUGGAUAUCAAAGCUAGAUAAGCAAAUCAACAAACCCCUGACAUAUUAAGGUUAUUUCUGAGGACAGACCAAACUUCAAGCAAAUUCAUAAAUUUACACCAAAACUAUUAAAACUCUUCCAAAAUAGAACAAACAAUGAUAUAUAAUAUCUUCUAAAACCCCAAACAGUCACUCUGGUUAAUAAACUUAAACCUCUAACCCACUUUCUUUUCCUCCAGCUCUCCACUCAGCCUUCUAAAUCCUCCAAAUAGUCUUCC